AUGGCGCUGCUGGCGCCUAAUCCACUGCCGAGCGGCCUCCGCCUCCGCCUCAAGCGCACCAACGCCACGGUCGCCGCCGCAAGAUCCCCUAGUGUCCAUGUCCACCCUCUCCCCGACGAGCUCCAGCUGGUCGCGGACAUCCGCUCCCCUUACAACCACAUCCGCGUCGCCGACGUCUCCCCACGGGCCGCGGGCCACCCGCUCGCCGGCGCUCGCCUCCUCCUCCUGGACGGCCCGGGCAACAUCCACUCCCUCUCCUUCCCGCGCCGCGCCGGCCAGCCCCCGCUCACCGCCACCUACCUCGACACCUUCGCCACGCUGCCGCCUCUCCUCCCGCGCGCGUCCCUCGCGGUCCUCGGCUUCGGCGCCGGCUCCGCCGCGCGCGCGCUGCUCCACUUCUACCCGGACCUCUCGGUGCACGGCUGGGAGCUGGACCCGGCCGUGCUUGCCGUCGCCCGCGACUUCUUCGACCUCGCGGAGCUGGAGAAGGACCACGCGGCGCGCCUGUCCGUGCACGUCGGCGACGCGCUGGCGGCCCGGGCGCCGCCCGGCGGCGGCUUCGGCGGCGCCGUGGUCGACCUGUUCGCCGGCGGGAGCGUGCUGCCGGAACUCCAGGAGCCGGACACGUGGCGGCGGCUGGGCGGGAUCGUGGCGCGCGGGGGCAGGAUGAUGGUGAACUGCGGCGGCGCGUGCGUGGAGGCCGAGGAGGAGGGGAGGCACGGUGAGGCGGUCAAGGACGCCACGCUGCGGGCGAUGGCCACGGCGUUCGGAGACGGGAUGGUGUCGGUGAUGGAAGUGGAUGAGAGCUGGGUGGCCAUGACCGGGCCGCCGGUGACGGUGCCGGAGGUGGCGGUCGCGUGGAAGGCGCGGCUACCUCCGGAGCUGCGGCAUUCCGUUGACGCGUGGAGACCGUACAGCCGCACGAGUGGCGAAUGA